AUGGUCGACACUCGAAGGUCCCGCAGGCUCGCCGGGCCGGCGCCCGAAGCGGCUGCCAUGGCCGUUCCGGGUUCGACCGCCGCUGGCCCUGUCGAGGCCCAGGCUUCACACUCUGCCUCGCCGUCUGGGACGCCCGCGCCCACGCCGGCCGCCGCCGCCCACACAAGCUCAAGCGCAUCGCCGGCACCUCUCACCCGCCACGCUGCUGUCACGGGCGGUGCGACCAUCAUCCUGCCGGAGAACCCCAUUCCCCUCUUCGACUUCUACCUCGAGCUGGGCGACAACCCGCACCUCGACUCCUCGGCCGGACCACUCAACCCGACGCACAAGGUGUUUGUGCCCAACGCCCACGCGGAGAUCGAUGCUGCUCUCAGCUGUUGGAAAAGGCUGGAGGCGUACUUUGCGACCGGCGACGCCGCCGGGUCCCCGUUGCAGCAGGCCGACGGCGUCAAGACGGAGGUGCAGGCAGGUGUCGGCGAUGCGCCUGUGACCAGGGCGUCUGCCAGGGACAGGUCGAGCUCGACCGAAGCGAAGAGCAGCGACAAGGCGGGCACGACCACCAGCAGAAAGCGCAGGACGGCAGCGGAGGACCCGGUGCCGCCCCAGCAGCCGCUGGACAGUGCCGGCGAGCAAGAGGCAAAGACGCUGGCGCUCGAGGUCGAGCUGUUCCCCGUCAAGCGCUACCUGUACGACCUUGGCAUCGUUCGCUACCCGGAGAGCGACAAGCUCGAGCUCGUCUUCCAGGUUCAGGCCCACGCCCCGUCCAGCCUGGUCGAGAGGCUGGAGUCGCAGCGCCAGAGGCUUCAAAAGGCUCUCGACUCGAGCUUUGAUUUUAACAAGUGGUUCCAGAAGGGUCCCGAAGAUGCCAACUGGAAGCUGGAGCGAGAGAUCCUCCGUGACGAGUGCCCCACCAGCUGCGCCCUGGGCUACAUCGUGCCCAGCGCCAUCGGCGACGCCGGCCACCCGCUCUGCCAUCUCGAAGAGAACCUUGUGACGCGCGAGUGGGUCACGCUGUACGGCGAGGUCACGCUGCGCGAGCCCAUCUUCCCGCCCGACGAGCCCAUCAUCGGUGCUGGUGCUCCCCAUCCGUGGGGUCGGGCACGGAUGGAAAAGGACGCCUACGCGACCUGGUGGGUCGAUCCGCUGACGGGCGCGCGCAUCGCCGAGGAGUCGCCUCACAAGCGCGCACCGCCGUCGCGCCUGCCCGGGGACAUGCUGAUCGAGGUCGGCCUGGCACCCGAGGCGCUCCACUACGGCGCUGAUGGCCACGCCGACGGCUUCAUCGAGUCUGUCCAGGACCUUCCGGCUAACGUCGCUCCGAACGCGCUGACGCUCUCACGCUCGCUGAAGCACCUCCUGCCGCGGGUCGUCGACUACGCCGACGGCUUCCUCGAAGUCAAUACGGCCGUCAAGAGCCUCUGGGACGACACCAAGUCAUUCUACCGCCUGCCGCCAGCGAGGACCAGCCUGAGCACGUGCAAGAAGCUGCUCGCCAAGGAGCAGCCGUCGCCCAAGAAGUCGCCGAGCCGAGGCAACAACUACAAGCGACGCAAGGCCGACGUGGGGCUCGUCCAGCGGAACAAUGGCCGCAAGCGCAUCGCCGACCCGAGCCACACCACGACCGAGCUGGUCACCUGCGAAGAGCUCGAGGCCGAGGCCGACGAGGACGACGAAGCCUUCCUGCCCCUCGACACCAACAUUGCCAGCCUGCUCGAGAUGUGCCGCCCGCCGAGGGAUGGCGCUAUGCGAGCGCCGCCGAGCGAGGUGAUCCCCACUCCGCUGCUCCCCUACCAGGCCCGCUGCCUCGCCUGGAUGGUCGAUCGGGAGACUGCGCUCGAUGACGAAGCAGAGCUCACCUACCCGGGAUGGCUCGCCCUCAAGACCAAGCCGGUCGAACGCGUCAAUGCGCUUCGCCGACAGAUGGCCCUGGACUGGAAGCGCAAGCAGGCCGACUGGGAGUACCAGAGGAGGCUGGCAAAGCAUCGGCAGCAGGAGCACGAGCGGGAGCAGAAGGCAAAGGCAGAGGAAGGCGAGGAAGUCAAGCCCGACCCCGAGCAGUCGGACCAGGGAGGAUCGUCCGACAGAAAGGGCAAGAGAGCCCCACCCAAGAGGGCGCCGGCCAAGGUCAAGGGCAAGGGCAAGGCGAAAGUGAUCGCAGCCUCGAACGAGCCGGCUCCGAUGGCCGUGACCGAGGCCGACGUCGUCCUCAAGGAGCCAUUCACCGAUCCCGUCGACGUCGAGCUCUUCUUUGACGAGUCGACGGGCAUCGUGUCGCUCCGUCACUUCACCUGCCGUCGCCGCGAGCCCGGCGGCGUGCUCUGCGAGUCGAUGGGGCUCGGCAAGACGCUCGAGAGCCUGGCCUUGGUGGCAUCGAACCCGUGCCCGAGCAUCCAGGGACUCACGCCUGCCCAUCGAUCCCGCUCGGCCUCGCUGGUGGCGGGCCUCGGCCGCGGCGAGCUGAAGCCGCUCGUCUCCCGCGCAACGCUGGUCGUGUGCCCGGCGGCGCUCAUCGAGCAGUGGCUCGACGAGAUCCGCAAGCACUUCCGCAGCAGGCAGACCGGCACCGCACCCGUUCCUGGUCAACCGGGCACCACCCAGCCCGGCGUCGUCCGCUUCAGCGACGACAUGUUCAGGUGGGGCCGCUCAGACUCGCGCACCGCCGUGCGGGACUGGGCGUCGGCCAACCUCGUGGAGCCCGACAUCGUCGUGGCGUCCUACGAGGACCUGGCGUCGCAGCUCUCGCUCAGCCAGAAGACGACCGAUAACGGCAGCGGGCCUCGCUCGCCGUUGCUCGAGGUCCUGUGGUGGCGCGUGAUGCUCGACGAGGCCCAGAUUGUGGCCGCCAGCCCGAGCAAGGCCACCGCCAUGGUCCACGAGCUUUGGCGGGUCAACUGCUGGAUGGUGACGGGAACGCCCGUCGCCAAGGGCAUCAAGGACCUCCACGGCAUCUUUGGCUUCCUCGACCACGAUCCGCUAGCGUCGCCGCACAAGUUCAAGGACCUCCUCGAGCGCCCCUUUGCUGAGGGCGAGAUCGAGGGGAUCCGCAGGAUGCGCGCAGUGUUGCCGCGCUACAUGUGGCGCCACACCAAGGUGCACGUCCAGGACGAGAUCGCCCUGCCGCCCUCGAACACGGAGUGGCUCGAGCUCGAGCUGCCCGAGGUCGAGAGGCUCUUUUAUGAGCGCGAGGUCAAGCGUCACCGCGAUCUCAUGGCGCGCCGCGCCGGCCGAGGGCUGCGCGAUCCGGGAGACAUCAAGUUCCUCGUCACCCUGCGCCAGCUGCUCAGCCACCCGCAAGUCGCCCAGCAGCUCGGCUACGGCGCAGGUGGCAAGCGCCUCACCUUUGACCAGCUCUUCUCCUCGCUCUGCGCCAAGUCGGACGCCGAGCUCAACGCGCUGCGCAAGGACGCCGUCCUCGCCACGCUCCAGCUCAUCUGGGGCCAGGACUUUUACGAAGAGGAGCGCAACAAGCGUCGCUGGACCGGCGGGCCUCCUGUGCUCAGGGGCGAGGAGGUCUGCAUCGCACUGCGACGCGCACUCAAAAUCUGCCAAGAUGCGUGCGCGGAGAGAAGGGCAAGGGGUGUUGGCGAUCCGGAAGAGGAUGAGGGGGACGAGGAGCACGUCGGAGCAGCCGGAGCGGACGGGAGUGCCGACCUCGGCCUCGAGCAGGCGGCCAAGAAGACGAACCGCGGCGACCAGGCCUACAGGCCGAGAGGUCGAGGCAAGAGGAAGUCGGCGGGCUUGGAUGACGACGAGGAGGGUGGCGGACACACCGCCUUCCGCUGGAGCGAGGCGCUCUACUGGGUCAAGAUGCUCCUGCAGAAGCACCGGGCCAAGGAGGGCGGACAGCAGCACCCCGAGGCGGGCAGCGCCCCUGGCGACGCCGCCGCCACCGCGCUGGAAGGAGCGGGCAUCGGUCAAAGCAGGGCCGACCAGACCUUGGCCGACGAGGAGGUGCAGGAGCCGCGGGGCCCCUGGGAUCCCCUGCGACCGACCCGCGUCUUUUUCGAAAAGGCCUUCAAGAACGCCACCGACAAGAGCGUCGACCUCACUGACCCGCGCUUCCACCUCAUCGUCCAAGACGCCGGCUCGGAGGACAUGGACGAGGGUGCGCUCGAAGAGGUCGUCGCAGCCCAUCGACGAGGCCUGUACGGCGACGAGGGCGACGCACAGGACGGUCACGAUGGCGGCGGCGACGAUGCCGAGGCCGGCCCGAGCUCCAACGGCGCCGCAUCCUCCGCCAAGCGCCGCAAGGCCUCGCCCAAAAACACCCGCAACGAUGGCGACUUUGAGCCGGUCCUGAAAAAGUCACGUCUGCGCGGCAACGCGGCCCAGCGGCAGUCGGCGCGCGUUUGGUACUACAAGCCGCGUGAGAAGCUCUCGACCACCCACACGCGGCUCCAGGGCGUCCUCGCCCGGCAGGAGGCCAAGGAGCGCGAGGUCGCCUUCCUGCACACGCGGAGGGACGAGGUGCUUGGUCCGCAGACCGCGACCGACGCCGACGGCGGCGACGGCAAUGGCGAUGGCGACGGCAAAAAAAGCGGCGGAGCUGACGCUGCUACGAUGGCCGAGUGCGGCGUCUGCCUCGAGGCCAUGCUCUGCCCGGGCGUCCUGCCCUGCUAUCACUCCUUCUGCCUCGACUGCCUCCAGAAGCUGGCCGCCGACGCGCCUCGCUGCCCCAACUGCCGACUCCGCUUCACGGCCGACGACAUCACCGAGAUCCUCCGGCCUGUCGAGAAGCGACGCCCGAGCCCGGGCGCCGGUGGCGAGGAUGACGCGGACGCCGUCUACGGCGACUUUGGCGGCAAGAUCAGCGGCCUCAUCCGCGACCUCCGCAGCCGCCUGCGCCAGGACCCGACGCACAAGGCCGUCGUCUUUUCGCACUGGAAGACGAUGCUCUCGUUCAUCCAGACGGCGCUGCUGGAGAACGGCAUCGGAGCUGUCGCGUUCGCUGGCGGUUCAACGUCUCAGUCGCACGCCCUCACGUCGAUCCGCGACGACGCCGAGACCCAGGUGAUCCUGGUCCCCUUCCGCGCCAGCGAAGGAGCGGCGGGCCUGACGCUGACCUGCUGCGACCUGGCCUACAUGAUGGAGCCCGCCAUGGACGGUGCGCUCGAGGCGCAGGCCAUUGGCCGGAUCAACCGCAUCGGUCAGGCCAGAACGACGACCGUCAUCCGGGUCAAGAUGAAGGACACCAUCGAGUCGGCCGUCAUCGAGGUCGCGGAGCAGAAGGGUAGGCAGGGCCUCGCCAAGCUGCCCGGAGCCGCCGAAGCCCAGGUCGAUGCUAGUGCGGCCGACGCAGCCAGCGACGACGCGGCCGGCGACAGCGCCAUGGCCUCGACGUCGGCCGCGCCCAGCACUCCGAGCAAGCAGGGACGCUCAUCUGCGCGGGUCGCCGAGCUCCGGGCGCAGUCGAUUGCGGCCUCGCUCAGCUCGACGGUGGGAGCUGCCAAGAGCAGCAGCGAGUCGAGCCACCACCUGACGAUGGAGGACAUGGCCAAGAUCCUCGGCUUCGACAUCGAGGAAGAAAAGCGCCUCGAGGCCGAGCGCAGGGCCGCCGUCGCCGAACACCGCCGGCAGGAGCUGGAGAGGAUGGGCUUCCUCGCCCAACCUCAGGUCGUGGAUCGCGCCGAAGCGGAGCGCGCCGCCGAGGAGGCGGCAUUCGAAGAGGUCCUCCACCAGGAAGCCGAGCUGGAGCGCAGACGGGCUGUCGCGAUCGGGAUGGCCCACUUCAACAUGGGUAUGGCCCGGAUCGAAGCUAGGCUGAAUGCCGAUCCGAAUUGGAUGGCGUUCGCCGGAAGGUUGGCGGCCGCUGACGCAAUGAUUGCACAGAGGAUGUUGUUCGGACGAGGAGGAGGAGCCGGCCAGGCAGGAGAAGCAGGCCGAGCAGAAGAAGCAGAGGGGGCAGAGGGAGCAGAGGGAGCAGAGGGAGAAGAAGGAGGAGAAGAAGGAGCGGGAGGCUGA